AUCGCCCAUACAGAUGACAUAUCCGCCGUGAACGUCAAGUCCAAGUCCAUACUACUUUCAUUACAGUACUAGUGGUUGGGAAAUGUCACUCCGCACAGCUGUUCGUCGUUUCAGCGCUCCCAUCAGGAGUGUUUUGCAGUCGAGCCCUGCUAAUAUAAAGAGACAUUACGCUGCUGUGGAGCAGGCGCUGUCUGUACUUGAACACGAGCUCGACAGUAUCCGUACAGCGGGCACGUGGAAGGGAGAGAGAGUGAUCACCUCCAAACAGGGUCCUCAUAUCUACGUGGACGGCAGCAGAGGGGACAUAUUGAAUUUCUGCGCAAAUAACUAUCUGGGUUUAUCCAGCCAUCCUGAGGUGGUGCAGGCAGGAAUAGAUGCACUGCAAAAAUAUGGAGCUGGACUUAGUUCAGUUCGCUUCAUCUGUGGCACCCAGAACAUUCACAAGAACCUGGAACAGAAGCUUGCCCAGUUUCAUGAAAGAGAAGACUGUAUUCUGUACGCCAGCUGCUUUGAUGCCAAUGCUGGUCUGUUUGAGGUUCUGUUGAGUCCUGAUGAUGCAGUUCUGUCUGAUGAAUUAAACCACGCCUCCAUUAUAGAUGGCAUUCGACUGUGUCGUGCCAAGAAGUUUCGGUACAAGCACAUGGACCUGAACGACCUGGAGGAAAAACUGAAAGAGUCUCAGUCUUCCCGUCUGAGGUUGGUGGUCACAGACGGUGUGUUCUCCAUGGACGGGGAUGUGGCUCCAUUACAGGGUAUCUGUGAUCUUGCUGAGCAGUAUGGAGCUCUGGUCUUCAUUGAUGAAUGUCACGCCACAGGCUUCAUGGGUCCACGUGGCCGAGGAACAGAUGAGCUGCUCGGGGUGAUGAAGAGGGUGCACAUUGUGAAUUCCACACUGGGAAAAGCAUUGGGUGGAGCUGCUGGUGGUUACACAGUUGGACCUAAAGCUUUGAUUGAUCUACUGAGACAGCGGUCACGUCCUUACCUCUUCUCUAACUCUCUCCCCCCUCCUGUGGUCGGAUGUUCCACCCGUGCUGUCGAACUACUGCUGGCAUCCAAUGAAAUCGCUCAGAGCAUGGCGGCAAAGACCAUGAGGUUUAGAAACCAAAUGACCCAGGCAGGAUUCACCAUCUCUGGCACAGCUCAUCCCAUUUGCCCUGUGAUGCUGGGUGAUGCUCGCUUGGCUUCUCUUAUGGCAGACGACAUGUUAAAACUAGGAGUGUAUGUGAUCGGAUUCUCUUACCCAGUUGUUCCUAAAGGAAAAGCUCGUAUUCGAGUGCAGAUCUCUGCAGCUCAUACUGAUGAGGACAUUGAUCGUACUGUAGAUGCCUUCAUACAGACCGGCAGAAAGCAUGGUGUCAUUUCCUAAUGUCAGGAGCACAACGGUCUGAUCUGGAAGGAAAUGCCAAAGAAGUUUAUGGAGUACUGUUAGAAUGAGGCUGACGUUACAUAUCAUAUAAUAGCAAAAUGAUUGCAUUGCUACUGAGGUCAAUGGUGUAUUUGAAUACUAUUAAGUUUAACAGAAUAAAUGCUUUGUUGAUUCAUAAUUAAUAACACUAACAGCUUAUGUGUUUUACUGCAGCUAAACACAAAAUUGAAAAUUUUUUAGUUGGGACAUCAAGCAUCUUUAAGAUGUUGACGUUCUUAUGGAGUUGGGCUGUAUCACUUUUGUCUGCAAUCCCAGACCAAUUCAAUGGUGAGGGAUCUGUGCAUGGGCCAAAGGGUCUAUUGUAGGAUUCAUUGUUUAUACAAAAAUCUCAGUUGUUUGUUCAGGUUAAUGGCAAAUAAUGUUUGGAAAUCUAUUUCCUACUGAAAUGUUAAAGAAAAAAUAUGAAUAAAAAUCUUUUAAAAACGAAAAA